GUCAAGUUCUUCAUUCACCUGAUUCAGCACAUACAUAUUAAGCAACAUUCUCUGAGGCAGAGUCUCUGCUGCUACUUCUCAACUUCUUUCUCAAAAGAGUAAUCAAGAGAAGAAGUAACGGUUGCAGAAAUGGCUCUUUUCAACUUCGCUAAUCCCUGGCUUUUCGCUUUCGGCAUAUUAGGCAACUUGGUCUCCUUCUUGGUGUACCUGGCUCCUAUACCAACAUUUUACCGGAUUGUCAAGAAAAAAUCAACCGAAGGCUUUCACUCGAUCCCAUAUGUGAUCGCGUUAUACAGUGCUACACUCAUGAUCUACUACGCAUUAAACAAAAGCGAUGCUACACUCCUCAUCACCAUCAAUUCGUUCGGUAUCGUCAUCGAGACCAUCUAUCUCUCCAUCUUCAUUGCCUAUGCAUCAAAGAAAUUAAGGGUUUCGACAAUAAAGCUAGUUGUACUCCUGAAUAUCGUUUCGUAUGUGAUGAUAGUUGCAGUUACCUACUUCUUUAUAGAAAAGCCGAAAAGAGUACAAGUCCUUGGAGGGAUCAAUCUUCUUCUCUCCUUCAUUGUAUUUGUUGCACCACUGAGCAUCAUCAAAAAGGUUAUUCAGACUAGGAGUGUGGAGUUCAUGCCAUUCGGGCUAUCGUUUUUCCUCUCGUUAAGUGCUGUUAUGUGGUUCUUUUACGGAUUACUUUCAAAAGACGUUUACGUUGCGGUACCGAAUAUACUAGGAUUUUUGUUCGGAAUAGUUCAGAUGGUAUUAUACGCCGUAUACAAGAAUUGCGACAGCAAACCAGUGGAAGAGCUAAAACUCCCCGAAAUCGUGAAGGGAACUCCGGAGAUACAUCCCGUCGACAUCCCGAAAGGCGAAGAAAAUGAUACGAAGAAGAAAGACGAGAGCGGCGCUAAAGAGAAAACCACGGUUGAUGCCGCCGAUCAAGUUUAGCUCUUACUAACUUACAAAUCAUAACCUAACUAUCGUCAGCUCCGGGACAUUAUGGUCCUCAGGAAGCUUAUAUAUAAUUAUCUAUAACUAUGUACGUAAAUGAUAUCUGUUUUCGAUCUCUUGUAGCGAUGAUCAUUAUGCCCUGUAUUUACAUUUCCUUGUAGAUAUCGUGUAUAAAUAUCUACUCUAGCGGGAGUUUCUUCUUGAUCA